AUGGCUACCGAAACGGAAACAUGGUCGAUACCCCCAACGACGACGGCACCCACCGACGUCACCUCGCCUGCACCAUGCCCGCCGUCGCAUCUGGACAAUCGGAUCCAUGGUUACAGGCAGAAUAGGGAUCAAACAGGAGACUGGGAUACCAACAUGACUACACCGAGUCUCAUGCCUGGAUCCAUGGUCGGGGGAUCUGGCCCUCAACAACCAGAGCAGUAUAUGAUGCAUCACAUGGGACAUCCACAACAGGGCGAAGAUAGCGAUGUCAUGUCUGACUCAGGUAGCAGCAACAUGAGCAGCUAUUCUGCCAACAGCAGCAUCUUCAGUCAUCCAAGUGUUGAAGAGACUUGCCGCCGGGCUCUACCUCACUUCCCUAGACCCGGCAUUUCUUUCCCAAUGCCCGCGCUGGAGUUUGACUUCCGCGUUGCGGUGGCCCUGAAUCCAGAGCCAUCGAGAGUGGAAAACAAAGUCAAGAAAGAAAUCACCACUGUUGCCGCUGGACAAUGGUCUGGCUCAUUCGGCAACGGAAGAAUUCUUGCCGGUGGAUAUGACUUGGGCCAGGCCAGAGGCUUUCGACCCAUCCGUAUUGUUGAAGGUGCCUUUGUCAUGCAAACUACUGACCAGCCGCCAGCCAUCCUUGAGAUGCGAACACGAGGCUCGCUCUCGGGUCCCUGCGAUAUACUGGACUCACUUCUUGGGCCCGGACAGUCGAAGGACAUUGAUCCCCGUCAAUACGGCUUCCGCAUGUUUGCCACAGUAAAGACACCUGACAAGCGCUACGCUGAAAUUGUCAACUGUGGUUUAUGGGUGGCUAGUGGCAUGUGGUCUGGCGAUGAACUUAUUAUCGAUGCCUACAGAGUUACCUGA